ACCAUGCACACUUUCAAUGGCAGCGACGCGGAUUCAGUCACGUCGGUUUCUGACAUCACCGACAAGCUCAACCUCAAAGCGCGAGGCAAGCUUCGUCAGCCUGCGCCACUGCUCAUCAGCAGCUUGGGCACGUCUGUUCCUGAAGCGCCACAUGCCGUCUCCGUGUGCAUGCCGGCGUGGCAGGACAACGUCGACUACGAGGAGGGCCGCGCUCGCGUUCACGACCAGCUCCAGAGCGGCUACCCCCGAUUCUGCUUCCAUCGAGCAGUCAAAGUGCUCGCCAAAUUGGGAUUGGUGAUGGCUGGAUUGGACGGAACAACGCAUGGAUGCCUGUGUCUACCCGCGGAAUGGAUCGCCAAGCGCUGCCGGGACUUUAUCCUAGCAAGAGCAAGCCUCGAUGAGAGCCUGCGGGGGUCGAACGAUGAUGCGGUUCAAAUACAUUUGCUGGACUUUCAGCCCGAGGCAAUCAAACUUCCAACAGUCGCGGUCGUCACGUACCCGGUAUCGUUGCAAGCGAUUGCCAAGAGCUACUGGCAGCAUUCUGGGGAAAUUGUGUCUUCGCGCCUUGCCGAGAGACUCGUCAAGGAAGCCGUUUUGCAAACCAAGCGGCAAUGGCCCGCAGAGUUGCUGCAAGAGCUCCAGGCCACGGCGGGCGUUGAGCAGGAUCGAGAAGAAGUUGACGAGUUUAUCGAGGAACAUUUUGGCCGAAAUCUCAUUGCGGACGGCGCGACAGCCAAGCUGCGCAUCCGGCAACGGUUGGCAGCGCUUGUCGAGCAUGACCCGAGGGAUGUGUUUCUCUACCCCACCGGCAUGAAUGCCAUCUUUGCUGCUUUUCAACUCCUGCAUCAGCAGCAUCCUACGCGGAAGAGCAUCAUGUUUGGCUUUCCGUAUCUUGACACGCUCAAAAUCCUGCAAAAGUUCGGGCCAGGCGCGUACUUCCUGGGCCAAGGUGAUGAACAAGACAUGCAAGAGCUCGAGCGCCUGCUUCGAACAGAACCCAUCCUUGCCGUGUUUUGCGAGGUGCCGAGCAACCCAUUGUGCAAAACCCCGGAUCUGAAGCGCCUUGCAGCGCUUGCGCAUCACCAUGGCGCCGCCGUCGUGGUGGACGACACCAUCGGCAAUCCCUACAAUGUCCGAGUCCACCCUCACGCAGAUCUUGUCGCAACAAGUCUGACCAAGUUGUUUUCGGGUGCCAGCAACGUGAUGGGAGGCAGCAUUGUCGUAAGCAAGCACAGCCCGCAGUAUCUCGAACUGCAUUCAAGGCUGCAGGCUACGUUCGAGGACACUUACUUUGACGACGAUGCCAUUUUUCUGGAGCGCAAUUCGCGGGACUUUCAAACGCGAGCCCAGCUUGCCAACAAGAAUACGGAAAAGCUCUGUGAUUUUUUGCGAGAGCAACCUCUGCUUCGCGAAAUCCAUUUUCCCAAGUUCUCGUGCUUGGACCAGUACCUUGGUUGCAAGCUUGAACGGGGUGGAUAUGGCAGCCUGUUUUCGAUUGUGUUUGACAACGACAAGCAGGCACAGAUCUUUUUCGACGCGCUGAAUGUGAACAAGGGCCCCAGCUUGGGCACCAACUUUACCCUGUGUUGCCCAUAUACGAUUCUGGCGCACUACACGGAGCUCGAUUUUGCCCAGCAAUACGGAAUUUCCUCGACGUUGGUUCGAGUCGCCGUCGGGCUGGAAGAGUACCAGUCUAUUCGUAGUGCAUUCGAGUGUGCACUUGCGGCGCUGUCGGCCAGCAAGGCCUCGGAAAGCGAGAAAUAGUGUCGCGUGUGUUUUGUCUUUUCUGCGAUCAAGGGGGUUGACAAGCAUGCUUUGUGUGUCGAUGCCAAUAAAUUACUUCAGUUGCCCUA